UACCAGAGUCCCUUCUCUUACAAUCAUCAUAAAUGCAGCUCAGACUCGUGCAGCAUGUCGGCUAUGGAUAAAACAAAGCAGCAUUUCAGCUGGUAAAAAUUGCUGACUAUUUAACCCAAUUAUAGUGGUCACUGCUUGUGUUUCAAACAUUUUUAAUUUGACAGCAUUAGUGAUACUUUUAAAAGAACAGAAGGUUAUUUUGGUUGUUCCUGCUAAGUAAACAGUCUGUCCAGGAUCUGUCCAUCGGAGGCCUGCCUUAGGACCCGUUUGAGAAGACACCAGGAAAAGGUGAGUGGUCUCAUGGAGAAUGACCGGUCAGAUAAACACUCAGAAAAGCUCAACUCCCUCCCCAGUAACCCACCCACGUUUAGCUAUCAAGAUUCCAAGCGAAACAGAGAUAGAAUCUGCAGAGAACUGUGGUAGCAGAGCACCGUCAGUGUGUGAUGAUACAUCAUCUGAACUGCAGAGAGUUAUAUCCCAGGAUAAUGGGGAUGUUGUGUCCCAUGCAUCUUUCAGAGGAAGAGGGGCUUUGACCAGGUUAGUGCGUUUCGUGGUAGUUCUUCGGGACUGGGCCCACCGGAGUUUACAUGACCAAGAUCAAAGGCCAGACUCAUUCCUUGACAGAUUCCGAGGUCCUGAAAUACAAACCAAUGACAAACAACCUGCUAAGGAUGGAAAAGAGCAAGACGCUGCAGACGACGGGAAGGAAAAAAAUAAGAGGAAUAUCUGGGAGCUUUUUGUAGUGGAUCCAUCAGGGAAGUGGUACUAUCGUUGGUUACUUGUCAUAAUGCUUCCUGUGCUGUACAACUGGUUCCUGCUGGUCGUCAGGGCUUGCUUCGAUGAUCUACAAACAAGUUAUACUGCUGUCUGGCUCACAUUAGAUUACAUCUGUGAUGUCAUAUACCUUGCUGACAUCCUUGUCCGUUUCCGAACAGGUUUCCUGGAACAGGGUCUCCUAGUUAGAGACCCAAAGACUCUAAGCAAUAAUUAUACUCGCACCCUGCAGUUCAAAUUAGAUAUUAUGUCCAUACUACCAACUGACUUAGGUUACUUUGCUGUUGGCAUCCACCGGCCAGAGCUGCGGUUUAAUCGUCUAAUGCGCUUCCCUCGAAUGUUUGAGUGCUUUGAUCAGACAGAGACCAGAACCAGUUAUCCUAACAUGUUCCGGAUCUUCAACCUAGUCCUCUAUAUUCUUCUUAUCAUACACUGGAAUGGCUGCAUAUAUUAUGCAUUUUCAAAGGCAGUUGGAUUUGGAGCUGACUCCUGGGUUUACCCCAAUAUAACUGAUCCCAAUUUUGGUUAUCUUGCUCGUGAGUAUGUCUACUGCCUUUACUGGUCCACACUGACUCUUACCACCAUCGGGGACACACCAAAACCUGAAACAGAUACUGAGUAUCUCUUUGUCAUCUUUGAUUUUCUAGUUGGCGUUCUUAUUUUUGCCACUAUUGUAGGAAACGUUGGGUCUAUGAUCUCGAAUAUGAAUGCCACAAGGACUGAUUUUCAAGCUAAAAUUGAUGCUAUUAAGCACUACAUGCAGUUCCGUCAUGUCAGUAAAGAUUUAGAGGCAAAGGUUAUACUUUGGUUCGAUUACUUGUGGACAAAUAAAAAGACUGUGGAUGAAAAGGAAGUUCUAAAGAACCUUCCAGACAAGCUAAGAGCAGAAAUUGCAAUAAAUGUCCAUUUGGAGACACUAAAGAAGGUUCGGAUAUUCCAGAACUGUGAAGCUGGCCUUUUGGUGGAGUUAGUUUUAAAGCUACGACCUCAAGUCUUUAGCCCUGGAGACUAUAUCUGCCGGAAAGGGGACAUUGGCCGUGAGAUGUACAUCAUCAAGGAAGGAAAGCUAGCUGUAGUGGGAGAGGAUGGUGUUACUCAAUAUGCUGUUUUGACUUCAGGAAGUUGUUUUGGAGAGAUCAGUAUCCUCAAUAUUGAAGGAAGUAAAAUGGGAAACAGAAGAACAGCCAGUAUACGUAGCCUUGGCUAUUCUGAUCUAUUUUGCCUUUCCAAGGACGAUCUCAUGGAGGCUUUGGUGGAGUACCCUGAUGCCAAAAAAAUUCUAGAGGAGAGGGGCAGGGAAAUCCUGAUUAAAGAGGGUUUACUUGAUGAGACAAAGGAGAAAAUUUCUGUGAAAGGAAAAUCAGCUGAGGAGAGGCUGGAGCUUGUUGAGUCCAACCUAGAUUUAUUGCACACCCGCUUUUCUCGAUUGCUAAGAGAGUACAGUAAUGCACAGCAGACUCUCAAACAGAGGGUCACUCUUUUAGAAUCAAAGCUAAGAGAUAUGCAUGGAAGUGAGAUCUCAUCAGAUGGGCAGGAUAGUGCAGAUUAGGGAAAAUGUUAA